AUGUCAGUCAAGGAGGAAUCCCCAGGUUUUCCCAUGUCCAAAUCCCAUUUUGCCAAGUUUGACAACUUCACCCCCAAAGAUGACGCGACAUUUGACGAUGAAUUCGCGCGUCUGGCGUCGUCCCAAAAUUGGGUCCCUGGCAGUCAAGUCUACACCCAAGAGCGGACUAUCGCUAUGCGUGAAGAACUACAACUGCAUUAUUUUUCUCAAACUAAGCAACCAGACGGCAAGCUCACUGAGGAGGAACAACUGGAAGGAUACCAAAAUCUCUGCCGCGAGGUCCGAAUACCCGUGAGCGACUCCAUCGCCGAAUGCAAAAAGAAUCUCAAAAACACUCUUGUCAACAUUGUCGACCUCAUCGAUGCGCGACGGGUGCAGAAAGAUGUGAAAGUCUGGGAUGACUUUGAAGCUUUUCGCGCCUAUACCCUUCAAGACGAACAUCGUAUCAAUAUGCAAGAGGCAAAAGAGGAUGGUGGGUAUUUGGCAUCGCUACUGCAGCGUUUGAAUGGUCCGAGAUCACGGAACAGAAAGGGUGGUAAGGGUCAUCGUUCGAAGUCUGAACGAGGUUCAGGGCGGAUAGAGAAAAGAAGGUCGGCAUCUAAGCAGACAAGGGAGCGGCCAGUUAAGACUGAAGGAUAA